UUCCACUUCAGCUUUCUCCUGAAGGACAUCUGCUCACCUAUCUAGAGAAAAUCUUGUGUCGUGGCAGCGUUUGAAGAUGCCACUGUCACGCUCACUGUCCAUGACAUCCUUAAGCGGCGUACUGCCAGCUUGGGAGGAGGAUGAGCUGCCCGUGGAAGACCUGCUGCUGUUUGAGGUGGCCUGGGAAGUCACCAAUAAAGUCGGUGGAAUCUACACUGUCAUCCAGACAAAGGCUAAGAUCACUGUGGACGAAUGGGGGGAGAACUACUUCAUGCUUGGGCCAUACUUUGAACACAAUUUUAAGACACAAGUGGAGGCCUGCAAGUCGCCAAUUCCCAGCAUCCAAAAUGCCAUGGACGCCCUGAUCCACAAUGGCUGUCAGGUUUAUUUUGGCCGCUGGCUAAUCGAGGGUAGUCCGUAUGUUAUCCUGUUUGACAUUGGCUCUGCGGCCUGGAACCUGGACCGUUGGAAGGGGGACCUGUGGGAGACCUGCAACAUUGGUCUGCCAUACCAAGACCGAGAAGCCAACGACUCACUCAUCCUCGGCUCCCUGAUUGCCUGGUUCUUUAAAGAGUUAACAGACCAGCUUGGAGACAAUCCAAAUGUCAUCGCUCACUUCCAUGAGUGGCAGGCAGGUCCAGGGCUUAUUCUCUGUCGUUCUCGUAAGAUCCCCAUGGCAACGGUUUUCACCACUCACGCAACUCUGCUGGGACGGUACCUCUGCGCUGGAAAUGUUGACUUCUACAACAACCUAGACAAGUUCAACAUUGAUAAAGAGGCUGGUGAACGACAGAUCUACCAUCGCUACUGUCUGGAGAGAGCUGCUGUCCACUGUUCUCAUGUCUUUACCACAGUCUCCCAGAUCACUGCUGUGGAGGCCAAUCACAUCCUGCACAGAAAGCCAGAUACAGUGACUCCCAAUGGGCUGAAUGUGAAAAAAUUCUCUGCCAUGCAUGAGUUCCAAAACCUGCACUCCAUCAACAAGGCUCGCAUCCAGGAGUUUGUCAGAGGACACUUCUACGGACAUCUGGACUUCAACUUAGAGAAAACCCUUUUCUUUUUCAUUGCUGGACGAUAUGAGUUCUCCAACAAGGGUGCUGAUAUUUUCCUUGAGUCGCUUUCCAGGCUGAACUACCUGCUGAGGGUCCACAGAAACGACAUAACAGUAGUAGUUUUCUUUAUUAUGCCAGCAAAAACCAACAACUUCAAUGUGGAGUCCCUGAAGGGGCAAGCUGUACGCAAACAACUCUGGGACACCGCCCACACUGUGAAGGAGAAAUUUGGGAAACGGCUGUAUGAUGCUCUAUUAAAAGGUCAGAUCCCUAAUAUGAACUCCAUUCUGGACCGAGAUGACCUUACUAUUAUGAAGAGAGCCAUUUAUGCCACUCAGAGACACAGCCUCCCUCCAGUGACAACCCACAACAUGCUGGAUGACUCAACAGAUCCCAUUCUGAGUAACAUCAGACGAAUUGGCCUCUUCAAUUCCAGGAAUGACCGCAUUAAGGUUAUCUUCCAUCCUGAGUUCUUGUCCUCCACUAGUCCCCUGUUGCCCAUGGACUAUGAGGACUUUGUCCGGGGCUGUAACCUUGGAGUAUUUCCCUCUUACUAUGAGCCUUGGGGUUACACACCAGGUGAAUGCACUGUCAUGGGCAUUCCCAGUGUGACCUCCAAUCUUUCUGGUUUUGGUUGCUUCAUGGAGGAGCAUGUAUCCGACCCUGCUGCCUAUGGUAUUUACAUUGUGGACCGGCGGUUCCGUUCUGCUGAGGAGUCCUGUAAUCAGUUGACUCAGUUCAUGUUCAGUUUCUGCCAACAGUCCCGUCGUCAGCGCAUCAUCCAACGAAACAGAGCUGAGAGAUUGUCCGACCUGUUGGACUGGAGAUACCUAGGACGGUUCUACAUACAUGCACGCCACCUUGCACUCAGCAGAGCCUUCCCUGACAAGUUCAAAGUGGACCCAAUGGCCCCUCUGACGACAGAGGGUUUCCGCUAUCCCCGACCUUACUCAGUGCCGCCCUCUCCCUCAGCUUCCGUUCACUCCACGCCCCAUCACAGUGAUGUGGAGGAUGAUGACGACAAUGAGCCCUACGAUGAAGAUGACGAGGCCGAAAGGGACCGGCUGAACAUAAAGGCUCCUUUUGUCCUGGGUGCUGCACCAGAGGGCAAAAAGAAGCAUCCAGGAGAAUCAGGAAACUUACAUGAUGCCUGACUGAUUCCUAGAAAUAGGGCUAUGCAGUGGACACACCUGACAUAAACUGAUUCCUUGGAAAUGUAACACUCAGGUAAUGUUGUAAUUGACUACAUGAGGAAUACAUAUUACAAUUAGUAAAAAAAAUUGAUCUACCAAUAUUAAAUACAGUGGAACCCAUUUAAGCCAACAUCUGUCGAAUUGACUGACUCGCAUCGACAUUAACAUUUCAUCAGCAUAUCUGAAACUAGCCAUUGCGUGCACAUUUUUGUUUUCUUCCAUUUGGACUAGCUUUGGUGAAAAAAGCUUUGCGCAUGUUUUUUUAGUAGUGUUGUUAACAUCAUCAUUAUUGCUUGCAGGUAUUUGCACAACCACAUAUCCACUUGUGCAAAUACCCGCAAGCAGUAAUGAUGAUGUUAGCAACACUUCUACACUACUGACAUGUUUUUCAUAGAAAUGGUUCCUUUGCGUCUCAAAUUCAAUGUUGAGGUUGACUAAGCCGAUAGUUUUUAGUAAUAAAAAGAUCACAGUGUACCGAGACUUAAUGUGUUGGUAGACUUAAACAGGACUGACUUAAACGGGUUCUACUGUACAUGCUAGUAGGGAUGGGUACCGAAUUCAGUACUUUUAUAGGCACCGACAUAUAUAUGUCAGUAGUACUGCAUACCGAUUCACAUAAAAUCCAAUGGUACUACAUUUCAAUACCUCAGUUGCUCAUGACGUCACGUCUGGUUGCAGACUUGCACCGGCUCAAGCACUUGGCCGGGAAACAAGCAGUCAAGCACUCAGCUGUACUGUCUCUAGUUAGUGUCACACUUGUUCCCUGUCAACAAAGCAAGAAGAAGGAGUUCAAAAGUACAUUGACAAUCCACUUUUAAAUAUGAUUUUGAUAUAUAUUGGAUUUGCCAAAGACAUGCCACUGAUUAGCAUUAGCGAUUUUACAUGGCUAUUACAAAAUGCCACAAAUUCAGUCAGUCAUUUUGAAUAUUCCACUCGUAAAUAAAUAAAUACAAAAAAAGUCUGCUAACAAUGGAGUCAAUGGGGGCUCUCUAUUGCACCCACAAAACCCUCUAAAUAACUAUCCAAAACCUGCCAACAAUACUCUAUAUACAAAUCAUGACCUGAAUAUUAACCAAAUAUUAGCAAUGUUGUUAUUUUAAGCGCUAACGCAGACAAACUAUUUUUUAGCGGCGGUUUGAUAACGUACAGCUUAGUCACCCUCUGCUGCUUUAUUGUGAGCUGGCCUCGAUGUCUUGCUGCUCCCGCAAUAUCGCGUCUCGGCUCGUCAAAGUUAUUUUAGAUUAUAAAUCAUGCCUCUCAUCUGGAUAUUAGGAGGAUUUAGCCAUGAAUCUAGAAGUUGUUAAUCUGUGACAUUCAAUUCAUACCCUGAGAUGGAGACAAACACACAACCAAAGACAGGGACACGUUCCCUUGUUAACCCUUCAUGUGCAUCAUGAUUAAUUCUGCUUUGAAACUGGAAGAUAUGGACAUCCUAUCAGUCGUCAUCGAAGUAAGAGCAGACAUUGUACAGUAAGCUAUUGUUUUAUUAUGUUUGUACUUAGCACUUAGCAAUACUGCUACAUGAUGCUUAGUGUUUCACUAGAGCUUCUAAAACUUGUAUCUCACCCUCCUUAUCGAUAGGAUCAACAAUAUAAGUUUAUGGAUCAUCAUUUUCCCCAAUUCAUCGUUUUAGGCUCUCACAAAGUCUGCAUGAUCUGCAUUGUUGGAGAUGGGGAAGGGAUCUGCGGUUCCUACCUCUUCGUCACGUGACUGGCUCGCUCAUUAUUUCUCAAAAUGGCUCGGGAAUCUCCGUGAGAUUGAUACUAUUUUGAUCAUAUCUAUUUAUCUUUCGGUGUCAUACAUCAGAUAUACAGUAUAUGAUUAUAGCUUCAGUAUAGAGACAACUUGUUUUCUACUCUACUGGUACUUUAAUUGCAUAGACUACAUACCUCCUGACUAAAGCACGAAGGGCCUGAUUUACUAAAAGUUUGCAUGUACUAAAACACAUGCAAACCUGAUCGCACACGCAAAGCUGACCUACUAACGUGUGCAAAGUGUAUUGGAUCUGUUAAGUGAGCAAAACAGGGCAUGCAAUACAUUUUGCGUCUCUAUCUUCAUUAAUAUGAAAAGUUCAUGCUGAUAUCAUUAAAACGGCCACAAUACUAGAAGGAGAAAAUGCAAAUAUAAUUAUUUAGCACACGCAGUGUGAUUUUUCAUUACUCACUGUUUUGUGAGAACUAUCUAGCGUUUAAAUUUAGCAUGUGUCAGAAGGACGUGCGAACAGACAGUUCCACACACUGCUGAAGAAUCGGUGAAUACGCUGCGGACAGACGAGAAUCCGCCAUCCUACAACAUUUUGGACGGUUGGAUAUAAAAAAUAUUAGACAUAUCCUCUAUUCAGCCACAUCAUUUUAAAAUUGUUAUAGGGGGUUCUGCAUGACUUAUGGGGCUGAUUAAAGUACAUUCAAUGAAUGUAUUUCAAUGGACUUUGGUUUCUGCUGGCGUUAUUUUUUCAUGUAUUUUUUUUUAUUCAGGAGAUAUAUUACUAUGUUAUAUUGUGCAGUGUCUUGCAUUAAACACAUCACACACAGCAGCAUGAUAACAUGAAUGUGCAGAAAAUGGUAAAAACCCUGUAUGCUUGCAAAAUCCUUAUUUAAAUAGGGCGGUCGGCACCACUUUUCAAUUGCACAGACACUGGGAGUAAAUUGCAUAGAACAUGCCCAAUCAUAGUACACGCGAUUGUAUUUUUUUCACAUUCUGUUUAGCGCGUAUUAAAAACCCUGUUUCCAUAUGAGUUGGGAAAUUGUGUUAGAUGUAAAUAUAAAUGGAAUACAAUG